CUGUGAUAGUACAGGGAGUUGUACGAUGACAGUGUCUAGGGAUUUAACCUCCAUUUUGUAACCGGACCGGGAUUUGUUUGAAAUGAGAGCACAGAAACAUUGCAGUGACUGGCACUUAAGAGAUAUCAGACAUUCGGAAAGUGUGGCUGGCGAACAUAAGGAUUCUUCAACUGCUCCUGGAACUCGGCACCUACCAAAAUGGAUAACAGAAUCCUUUACGACCGAAACACUACUUGUUGUCAGUAUCAUACCACUGCCAGUCGUGAUUUAGAUCCCUUGGGCAAACGUCACGUUUCAGCCGGCACGGAUAGUCCUUGGGACCGUCCUUUGUAUUCAGAAUGCGGGGUAAACUGCUAGCUGGUGGUAAACCCAUUGCAUGGAACCACAACACUAGUUAUGUUGGUGCGUCUGGAGUUCACAGCGAGAACAGUCCACCCGCUAUAGGACGUCGAAGGAAAAAGGACAACGAUUUUAAGGAAUUAUUAGGUGCCAUUGAAAACAUGCAUCGCAAAGAUAUGCAAUCGUUUACAACCAACCGGAAAUACUUGGAAAAGUCCAUGAUGGCAUAUAGUGAACGGAUGAGAGAGAUAAACAAAGGAAGACGCUCUCUUCCUGUUAUUAUCACGCCAGCUUCCGGUGAGAAACCAGUCCUUCCUCCACCAAAGAGAUUUUCCAAUACAAUAAGACCGGAUGCUGCAUCUCCUGCGUCAGACUUACUUGGAAGUUCCAGGGAAUCUCUCCUAUCUGGAAAUUAUCUACAUUCACCGCAUAAUUCUCCACGCAAACUCUCGCCAAUAUCAAUUACACGAAAUCGCAAUCGCAAAAUGACAUUCCACGGCAGUGAAAUAGAACGUCAUCUACUUUCUCCAAAUAUGCAUUCCUUACGCCAUUCCAUUAGCGGAACCGGAACCAGCCAUUAUUCCCUUCCAUCGGAGGGAACGAUUCGAACCCGUAAAAUCAGUACGAUAUCUCCCCCAGAUCCCUCUGAUAUCAGCCGAGCCAGAGACACUAGAUCUACUGACAGUGCGUAUGAAAGUUUCAAUGGAUCAGAGAUGGAAUAUGACCAUCGGGAAAAACAUGAUGAAAUGGAUGUGGAUGUUCAUUCUAUCAGUUCCGUGAAAAUUGCGUGCUUUCCGGACAUUAAGGAGGAAAGGAAGCAGAUCAAUAGUGUAUUCGGUGUUAAUGAUGAAUCUAAUGACGAUGCACAUAUCCGAAAGAAGAACAAAAAAAGAAAGGUUACAAAAAAGCCUGCAGCCGAAGUCAAGGCGAAAAAGAACAAAUAUCUUAAAAGGUUCCGCAAAAACGAGAAAAAGGAGAAAAAAGAAGAGAUAGCAGAAACCAUCAUCGAAACGUACGUCGAAGAAGAUGAACAAGAGGAAGAGGAAGACAUAAUUGACGAACCUGAGAAGAAAAAGAGAGAGGUAUGCUUCGGGUUUCGUUAUUCUGUUGCAAUAAAAGAACUCCUCAAAAAGCCUAAUCCCUUUAAUGUGUCAAAAAAGGAAAUGGUUUCAAAAGUUGAGAUGGAAAAUGGACGCAUUAUAAACACGCUUGGACCUGCUGUGUUAAAAGUAGUAGAUGUUGAUAGACUUAAUAAUAUUAGAGGAGUACCUCUCAAUAUCAAACGUGAUGACCCUACUAGUAAACGUAAGAAAGCUGCAACGAACUUAAGUAGAAGCGUGUCGCGAAAUACCCUCCCAUCAAUCUCACGAGGUGUGUCAGUGGAAGGGAAACACGAGGACUUUGAUAGAGUGUUGCAUUCGGAGAGAAGUCGGACUAAAACGUCGCUUUAUGACAAGCCUAUAGUGUCUUCUCAUCAGUCACCGUCUACUGUGAUGGUAAUUGGUGCUGAUGGAUAGAUUAAUAUGUCUUUACUGAAAUCAGACAGUUUGACAAAAAAAUUGCUGCUGUGAAAAGGAUAAUUAAGCAAUACUGGUGUAUACUUUAUAUCUUAUACGCAGUAUUUAUGUUGCCAAUACAGCAAAUGUGCUCGUGAUUUAUUUCUGUGAUAUCGGUUUUAUUUAGAGUUGAGGUACUUAAUUAACAUCUGUCGUUUUUGUCAUUAUCAAUGCAUUAAAUACCGAGGACUUCAGCUCAUGUCUUUAUAUGCUGAGAUCUUAGGUGAUUGAAUAUAUGUUUUAAAAGUACAUUUGUAUAAAUAAUCAAAAUAAACCGUAUGCUAAUGAUAUAUGUAUCUCGGAUAUCUGGAUAUAUUAAAACAUUUGCAUAUCUACCGGGAAAAAACUAUCCACGUACAAUAAGUUAUUAUGUAGAUAAGGUAUUUCCAUACUACGCAUGAGGUAAAACGAUUCGUUUCUAUCGGAUUGUGUCUUUAUUACAAUAUACUGAUAUUUAUUGCUAUUCCUGGGUCAGUGCUAUUUUCGGGGUAAAAAUAAUUAAAAGUAGACGGAGAUUUUAGAUUUUCCUGUUUAGGUGAACCUUUUUAACUUAUUUUCUCCCACAGAUCGACUGGUUAGUGUGAGAAGAUUUGUGUGAUAUUCGUCAUUGGUUCCUUAUCAGAAUGGAUGCUAAAUGAUUUUGAUUUUCUUUAUUUUUUCGUGUGUGUCGUUAAGGUUUCGUUCAGUUCGUUAUUAGUUUAAAGAAAAUCAUUUGAAGAAGCAUGCUAUUUUACGUGUUGUGGUAAUUUUGCUGAAAAGUCCUUCGUUUCGUUUCGCAUUUUCGUACAUGCUUUCGUGUAUUUGUCGUGCAUGGUGUAUGUUGAUGUAGCUUACAGUGUGUCAUAUCAAAGCUAUGUUGUUGCAAUCAAACGAGAGCAUACAGAAAAAAGUCUCGAUUUGAAAAAAAGAUUGGCGUAUCAAAUACAAAUAUCUUUAUCAAUAAUGACUUUUGGAAGGACGAAUCAAGGUUGACCUCAACCAACUACGAAAUAAUUAGAUAAUUAAUGAUCUAACCGACUAAUUAUUUGUCUACUACCAACUGUUUUUUGCUGCUUAAUUGUAUACUUAGAGAUGCAUUGUUUUAAUCAUUGUGUCCACGACACAAUAAUUUAGGGUAAAAUAAUUCUGAAAUAUCUGUCGAUUAAUGUGUUGAUAUAUAUUCUGAUCAAAUACUGCAUAUUUAAAGCUGAGAAUAUUCCGGGUUAUUGAAGCACUAAACGCUGUUUCUCGAAAAGAUCAAUAAACUUUUUCAGUUGUAUAACUAAAACUUCAUUUAAUACGUUCAAUAUAUGAUUUUUACCCUUUUUGUGUUUUAUGAAAAUAUUUAUGCAAUAAUCGUGCAUUAAGUGAAAAAUAAACCUAUAUUGAAAAAAAGAAGUUUCGUAUUCAUGGAGCAUAAUUAUUCUGGUACCACUCACGUAUUUAAAAUGACAAAAAAUGAAUGAACUAUGUAUUAUAAGUAGUACUACUAGUCACAAGGGCGGGAUUUUUCAUUCCCUAUGAUUUGACAAGGGCGGGAUUUUGCAUUCCCUAUGAUUUCACAAGGACGGGUUUUGCAUUCGUUAUGAUGUAUAUGUUGUAUUGAUCAUUCGCAUGUGAUUUCAUGAUAUUAUUGAUAAUAUGUAUAUUGUGUCAUAUUUGCUAUAUUUUGUAAAAAUAAAAUGUAUUAUGAAAACUUA